CAACAUUAAUCGCCGCCGCCGUUGACAUCAUCGUCGAGCCGCUGCCGUUGUCAAUCUUGCGCGCCCCGCGUCACAUUGGCUCACGUCCGCGGUCGCUAUGUCGUCCGGAUUCCAAGUGUGAAUCGCCUUCAUUUGUCUCCGCGCGAACUCAACCCUAAUCGGCGCCGCCGUUGACAGUGUCGUCGAGCCGGCCGCUGCUGUCAAUCCUCCGCCACCGCGUCCUAUAGGCUGCUGUUUCAAUAAUGCGGAAGACCCUACAAAUACGCCUUCUGAUGGUGAUCCUCCGCAGCAUAGAAAGACGGGUGUUGCAGCUGCUGCUAAAAACAUUGCUAUGCCUAAUGUGGAUGAUGAUGAUGACUUUGAGCCACCCAAAAAGAAGUGCAAUAUCUCAAUGGAUGCCCCAAAUAAGACGCAGUGACUUAUGUGAGGCUGCCCAGAGAUGGCACAACAGGAGCAUUAACAAUGUGUCGGCGACGAUAUAUGGUUGUUCCAUCAUUGUUCUUCUGUAUUAUUUGGAUCAUUUGCAUCAUGCUGCUGCUCCAAACAACAAAAAUGGCACUCCACGCAUAAAGUAUUUUAAUAAGAAUAUUAUAAGGGCGUUGUCAAUGGCCGAUAAGCGGAAGCCUCGCCAGGGUGGUGAACCAUUUGGUGUUUGCCCUUUUCGUAGCAGCAGUGAGACAUGUUACGUCUCAAAAUCGCCAACUACUUGCCAGAUUGAGUUUCCUAUGAGGCCAGAAACUUUUGAUGAAGACCCAAAUCAACAUGAUCGACUUCCCAAUAUAAUCAUUCAACUCCCUCUUAUGCAAGACUUGAUGGCAAAUAAGAUUCAGAUGCUUCCUGUACAUCAACGCCAGAAGUUCCAAGCUACGUUGAUUGAUUAUGACUUAGAGGUUGGCAAAAUAUUUGCCUCUAUCAAGCAAUGUUUGAAUACUAUUGGUACAAAGCAGUCCAAUCUAGCUGCUACAUUUGGAGAAUUGAUUGAUGAGGUUCUUCGGGCCGAUGAAUCUGUUACACCAAAUACUACAGUGGUAGGUGGCACAGUUGAAAAUGAUUCUGGACCAGUAUUUGACAAGACUCCUAUUGGGAGUGUUUCUGCACCAGGUCUCUUCUUAUCUGAAUUAGAAUGUGCUCGCGCUCUUCGGGCAUACUUGUGUUCUAGGUUCAUUGAAUUGGACAGAAAUAUAAUUGACUUUGGUGAACAUCGCGCCAAUUGUUGUGACAUACAACAAUCUUUUGCUCAUGGCGCAUGUCUCGACAACGUGUUUAUGCAAUGUUUCAUUGAGUGUGUCCGCGAUGACUGGUCUAAACAUAUUCCUCCACUCAAUGCUCACCAGCUCAUUCUAGAUGUUAAUGUUGGUGCUAUAUUGAACUUUGAGGAGCAGGAGCAACAUAGUAAGUCUCCUCGUCCAUUUGACCCUUCAGUUUUGGAGAGUUACCUAUUGAAGACACUGCCUUCUUUCAAGCAGCUGGAUGACUACAAAUCAAUAAUGGUACCCAUGCUACGAUCUGGACAUUGGACAUUGUAUGUUGUUAAUCUUCAGAUUGGACGCAUACAUGUGUUAGAUUCCAACCCUUAUGGACCAGAGAUGGGUGGGACUAUCUGGAAAAAUUACCAUUGUAUACCUAUGGAUUUGGGUGAUAGGAAGGUUUCAUGGGCCAGGUUAAUGAUGAGUAGGCUCAAUCUAGCUAUUCAAAAUGCUCGACCAAGAUCGGCUCUCCCUGCUUUUUUGAAGUACCCUAUUGAACUCAUGAAUAACUGCCCAACAAUGAAAUUGGGGUCUAAUGAUUGUGGAUUCUUUGUCAUGAGAUAUAUGCAGAACUACGACUACAUGGUUGGAGCUAUGAAUGCAGUCAUUGAUCCGGAUAAUUCAGAGGACAUUCGCUCUCUUGUACUGCAUUACCUAAUAUUCCAUCGACUAAAUAGAAACAGCUUCGUGGUCUCCCAUCUGGACAGAUUCAAGUUCUUUCAGUAGUAGCCUAGUAUAGUUUACUAUCUUAAUAUUAGUAUGAACAUCAUGGUCUGAUGGCUUUUGGUGGCUUCAAGUUAUCUCAGUUCUAGCUUAGUUUAGGGUAGUGUCACUGAAUGGUGUUCAUGUAAAUAUUGGUCUGUUGGCUUAUGUUAGGAUUCAGAUAAUACUUAUGUCCAUAUGCAGCUCUUAGCAAACUCUUAUAUAUAUCGUACCAGAUAUGUUUUAGAUGGUUAUAUUUAUAUAUGAUAGUUCUGCACUUUAUCA